AUCCCGGCUCCCAACUGGGCUUCCAGAUUGAAGCGGAAACGGCUUCCUUCUUCUCCUGCUCUUGCCGCCUGUCAAUCGAAACUCUUAUCGCCUGGCAACUCGGAAACCCUAAAAUAAGUAUCGCGGUGGAGACAGGUCAGAGAUUGCGUGAUGCAUAUACCUUCCUAUCUACUCCGCAAGCCGCCCUUCUUCGCGUCGACGCUGCCCUGGGUUUGUAGCAAUAGAGUAAGUACAAUGGCUAAGCCUGUGUGCUCAAAGUUUGUUCCUCUUGACAAUUAUGAAGGCGUAAUGAAUACUUCAGAUGGAUUCAAGUUCAGCUUCAUCUCCUAUAAUAUUUUGGCCCAGGUUUAUGUAAAGAGUUCUUAUUUUCCACAUUCUCCAUCUUCCUGUCUCAAGUGGAAAGCACGUUCAGAAUCUGUUCUAACUGACUUGAAGAACUUAAAUGCUGAUUUUUUCUGUAUACAGGAGUUGGAUGAGUAUAAUAGCUUCUACAAAAGCAAAAUGGAGAGCCUUGGGUAUUCAAGCCUUUAUAUUAAAAGAGUUGGGAAGAAACGCGAUGGAUGUGGGAUCUUUUACAAGCCAAGCAGUGCACAGUUGCUUGAAAUGGAGGAAAUUGAUUACAAUGAUCUUGCCAAUUGUGCGAAUACGGUUAGUGCAAUUAGGAACAAUAAAAUAUUGGAUCUUGAAGAAAAGGAUGCACAAAUACAAGAUUCUGAGAGGCAGCAAUCUAAUGAUCCGCUUGUGAGAUUAAAACGUGACUGUGUGGGAUUAUUAGCAGCUUUUAAGCUAAAUGAUCCUUCUGGCCACAUUAUUGUAGUGGCAGACACUCAUAUUUACUGGGAUCCAAACUGGAUCGAUGUAAAGCUUGCACAGGCUAAGUAUCUUCUAUCAAGACUAUCACAGUUUAAGGAGCUUGUUUCAACUAAGUUCACUUGUACCCCUUCAGUGCUUGUUGCUGGUGACUUCAAUUCUACUCCUGGAGAUGAGGUCUAUCAGUACAUUGUAUCAGCUUCAGAAGCAGCCCCUAUCAAAUUGAGCAGUCUUUAUGGAACAAACGGGGCAGAGCCACCGUUUACAAACUGCACCCCUGAUUUCACUGGAACACUGGAUUACAUUUUUUUCUCAGGUUGUCGUCUGAAACCAGUGAGCCUAUUAGAAGUUCCAGGCCGCGACUCGCCCGACAUCGUCGGAGGGUUGCCCAACUACCACCAUCCGAGCGAUCAUUUACCAAUUGGUGCUGAGUUUUUAGUCCUCCAUUCUUCAUGAUAUAUAUUUGCUUUUUUGUAUAACAGAAAUUUGAUGGUAGGAACCUGCGUUCCAUAUUUUGUAAUACAGAAAUUUGAUGACAGUUUGUUUCCUUCAGUGAGUUAAUUCACGGGUGUAUUAUUGUGAAAAACAAAGUUUGUGAAAAACAAAGUUUGGGCUCCGUUUACUUGA